AAGAAGCAGAUGACCCAUUUGCCAACUCAUUAUCGGCAUCGUCACUUAUGGAGGAUGCUAUAUUUUGGGGGCCAGUUUUGUGCAACCAAUAUUGGGAUCCAUUUUAGACAAAAUGCCCAGGAAAUGCAUCAGUAAUAUUAACAUUCCAUUUUGAACCUUUUAGAUGUUAAUUAUUUUGUGAGAGAGACAAAAGUAAAAAUUAUGAGCAAGAUGUUAACAAGCUAUAAUCUAUACUUUGUAGUUUGCAAUGGCAGGUGGGCUAUGCAGUUAUUUAUAUUUUCACAUCGAGAUGGACUCAAUCAAAAUCUUCCCGGCAAAAGAGCUCCAGACACCACUUCACAGUCGCUGCCAAUGGGUCGAAAAUCACAAGACGCUGCAGUAGGCGUUCUUGUUCACAUGCUGAGGACAGCGCCUCCGCUGCGCCAAGAUUCAAGCUGUUACUCAUCCAACUCCUUGAAGGCUGAAUCUGAGGGAGGACUUGCUACAGCUUCCGGAUUCUUCAUGCCCCGAAAGGCAUCAGAUGCGCUGGAAGAGCUCCGGAGUUACAGAGAAAUGAAAGACCUUCUACUCUCUAAGAGCGGAACUAGGCUGACUGCCAAAGAAGAAGCAUAGA